CACACACACACACACAUCUCUCGCAAAAGCUAUUUGGGGAUUUUCAAAUUUGAAAACAAAAGACUCACAGAGACUCAGACCCACCACCACCACCAACAUUCUCUUUCUCUCUCACUUUCUCGGGAAACUAUUUUUCCCUCCUCAUUGAGAGUGUUUGGUUGUUGUAGGUUCCUCCAUCGCUGUUCCUUUUUUACCACCAAUAUAAUUCAAAUCACGACAUUACAGAAACGCUUCAUAAUUGAGUGACUGAGCCAUAAAUUCGAGACGCUCGGAUUUUACCGACGGAUCGGCUUGUUGAGUAGAGAGCCAUGGGUUGUCUCUUCGGUUGCUUCCGUGCUAAAGACGACGAAUCUACUACUGAUUCCGUUUCUCAAGCCAAACAUAACAGAGGUCAUGAGUCGAAGAAUCGUUUGUCAGCUUUGUUUCUAUCUGAAGCUUCGUCGCCUUGCCAUGAUGACAGAGAGGGAUCUAGUUUGAAUUCUAUGCAUAUUGAUAAAGAUCUCAAGGAUGACGCACAGUUUCUUAAAGUUUCCUGCGAAAUACCAGCGACACCAAUUGAAGUUAGGAACACAUCCAAAAAACUGGAAACUCCUAAAGGUGGUGAACAUUUACGAUCUUCCCCUUCCUGUAACUCUGAAGUAGUGUUUCACUUGAAUGAGAAAAAGAAUGAGCCCUGUGAAGAAAUGGGAAGAUCAUUAGAUACUUCAGAGCAAACUCCUAGCAGUUGCUUGACCGAUGCCCGGAACAAUGCAAGGAUCUCUUCUGCAUCUAGUGAUGAUAGUGAAGAAAGCAUUGGUACUGUGUUCAGGGAUGAGGUGGAUAGAACCGGCGUUAGAGAAAAGACAAAGUCAGUGCGGUCUGAAAUUGACUUUGGUCAAUCUUACUCUUCUAGUUCUUCCAAAAACAGAACUGCAAGCAAACCUGAAAUGGUUGGAAAAACUUCUAUCUCAGCUACCUCGCCUUAUACAACCUCAAUGAAGCUAUCCGAUGAGAUUCAAACCCCUGGAACCAUUUUUCCUGCAAAUAUGGAAUCAGCAGGAAGAGAGAGACGUAGAAUCAGGUCUCAGUUUGUGCAUUCAGCUUCCAAUCUAAUUGUGAAUGCCUCCCUAUGUAAGCUCCACGAAGAUUCAAAUGCGAACCUAGAACAAGCUAAAGUUCAGGCUUACAAAGAGAAGACAGAAAAUGAAUCUCCCACAUCAACAAUAUGUGGGGAAAAGUUGGAAGAGAGUUCAGAUGGAAAAAAACAGAUAGGUGAAAUUAGUAGUUCUCCUUUAUCCAUAAAUCCUGGAGACAGACCUAUCAUUGGAAUGGUUGCUGCUCAUUGGAAUGAGAAAGAGCAUUCUCAAAUCUCACCCAAAUGGUGGGAUGGUAAUGGGAUACCAAACUCUACAAACAAGUACAAAGAGGACCAGAAAGUGAGUUGGCAUGCAACACCUUUCGAAGAGAGAUUAGAGAAGGCACUUUCAGAAGAAGGUGGUCAAGGUUUCAUUCCUCCAAGGAGACUUGGAACAGUAGAAGAGUCUGAAAGGGACACAGCUAUAUCACAUCUGCGACAUUCAGUCAUUUCCUUUUGAAAGCCGUGUAGUGUCUACUGAGAUCCUGAAAUGGAGCAACGGUGAGGUCCCAUCGAGUCCUCUAGCCAAGUAAUGCCUCGCCAUCUCGGUCGUGGUUGUGUUUCUGUACUUGGGAGGGUUUUGUUUAGAUAGAAGCUCUUUCAUAGGUCCAUAUACUUGCUCAUUUGGUAUGGUGUGCAUGAAGAAAGAUGCGCUUGAAAUGCGAGGUUCUUCGCCUCUAUUUGCCAAAACCCUGUGCUCCACACUUACAAACUUAU